AUGGCAUCGCAAAGCCUCGACUCACCAACAGCGAUGGACGUAGCGAUACCGGCCCAGGGAGUGCGAAGAUGGUUCAGCAUCCGCCAACAGAGGAUCAAAAAGUCGUUUAACGAACUAAACACUCACAGCUUCCGGAGCGGACGUAAGGACAGAGCCAGCGAUACCCGUAACACCGAUACUUUAGGGAAAGAUAUCCGUGAAGCACAAUCCCCACAGCGUGUGCAACAGUCUUUCGACCAGGACCAGGCAAGCUCGCCGAUGCCACCCAUCUUUUGCUCUGAGCAUUCAGACUGGAAUGUUGCCAACCAUUUCUUUCGGGUAAUGACGCAGGAUGUGCAAGCGUUUGAGCUCCGGCCUCUGGAGCACAUUAUCUCAAAGAGUCCCAUAUGUACCGCCUGCUCAAUCAUUAGCUCCGCUGUCCUAUCCAAACUAUCUGAAAUGGGCCAAGAUGCGCAAAUUGCAGGAUUGCAGAUCUAUGUGGGCUCAGCAUUCUUUGUGCAGAAGCAUGACCCGUACGAUGAGUUUGCUACGCAUCGGGAAAACUAUGAGCUGCACGCCUUUCGAGAUGGCCAAAGAGCAACUUGCGUCCUUUACGUAGACAUCCACGAUCCGGUGGCAGAUGGACCUAAUCUAUUACUGAAGUCCAAGGGUUAUUGGCUCGCACCUAAAGUGCCGAUCCCCCUCACGGUCUCCUACAGCGGGAGCGAAGGCUUAACGUACCUAGGAUUGUGGGAAGAAAACGCGUCAUUUGACGUCGACCUCAUCAAAGAAUGGGUGAGAACAUGUGAGCGGCACCAUGUACAAUGUCGAAAACCGCCCGCAGAACUUCCAGAUGGUUGCAGGCUGAUUGACAUUGAGAAAAUGUGUGUUACGGAAGCCCCCAAAUCUGCUCGAUUCGUGGCUCUGAGUUAUGUGUGGAAGAAAGUGCAUAUCAGCGACAAACAUUUGCAACUAUGCAGUGCAAAUCUGAUGGCACUCCACCAACCUGGCGGCGUCAAGCUUGAGCAGUUGCCGGCACUGAUUGGGGACACCAUCUGGCUUUGCCGGCAGCUUGACGAGAGGUACAUAUGGGUUGAUAAACUUUGUAUCGUCCAAGACGAUGCCAAAUCACUUCACGCGCAAGUAUGCGCCAUGGAUAUUAUUUAUGGGAUGGCGGCUUUCACGCUCGUAGCCGCUUCAGACGAUGCGCAUUUCGGGCUCCGCGGUGUGCCACACCGACCCAGACAUUCAUUUCUACGAAAUGAUACCCGGUUGUUCAAGGCCGGCCUUCAGAAACUUGACAUAAACUAUCAUGUCACUGUGAACGGGUCGGAAUGGAACACACGAGGGUGGACCUUCCAGGAGCGUCUAUUGUCUCCAAGGUGUCUGAUUGUCACGAGAUACCAGGUUUACUUUAGCUGCGCGGAGGUAAUAUUCCAAGAAGAUCUUGGUCGAAUGCUGCAAAGGUCCGAACGCCAGAAUGGCAUGCGGAAUCGUAAUGCUAUUUCCAACGUUAACCAAGUCGAUACUUUGCAGGCGUACAGAACUUGUGUAUCCGACUACACAUCCAGAAAAUUGUCCUAUGAGAAGGAUAGGGCCCACGCAUUCGCUGGUGUAAGCCAUGCACUUUCCGGCAUGCUCAAUAGCCCCGUGCUAUUUGGUCUUCCAGUAUCAUAUUUUCUGCAGUCUCUUCUGUGGGAAAGCUCAGGGCCAAGCGGAAGAAUUCAACUAGCCGAAGAACCUAGCUGGAGUUGGACGGCAUGGUCUGGUCGGGUGGUAUACAAGAAUACCAAGAGCGAGAUCAAGUCGUUAAAUGGGUUAUACAUCGCGGGUCCUGAUAACAAUUUACGAGAGAUUGUUUCGGAGCCCUGGCAUCCGGUUGAUACGCCUUAUGGACUAUUACGCACAUCUCUGGAAGCCCGAACACAUGUCGAGUGCGAUGGAACCGAUCCUGCGCUACUUUUAUUGGACCAAAUCGAAGCUAGAAGAGGCCCAUCCAUCAAAAUUGUUGCGCCACAACCCAGCGUACCGUUGAACUGCUUGAGAUUUAGCACAACUGCGGCUUCCUUGAGGUUGGGUGUGCGACCCAGGGAUCAGCGAACCACGACUCGCAUUUUGGAUCUAUAUUCUAGAGAAACAAGGGUUGGUUCGAUGGAAAUCGAUGACAACACGGCUAUUGAUCUAGACCUCAACGAGACACAUACGUUCAUUGCGAUCUGUGCGGUGAAGACCCGACAGAAGCCGGUCAACCGCAUGGCUUCCACUCGACAACGGUUGAUGGGUACUUUUGCCGAAAACCAGAAUGGUCUCAAUGAUAAUAGGGUGCUACUUAUGAAUCAUGAUCACGCUGAAUGGACACUGAGAGUCAUGUUGAUCGAAGAGGUUGGUGGUAUAGCUUACCGGGUUGCUCUCGGCUCGGUUGGUGAACAGGCAUGGGUAGAUGCAGGGCCGAAGUUGAGGACUAUCAUUCUUGGAUAA